AUGUUUUUUACAUCUUAUCUAUCAGCUAAUAUCCUCAAGAGUUAUUUUUUUUGUGAUAAUAUAUCAACCAAUAGUCCUGAAGAGGUUUUUGAUGCUUUGAAGAAUCAGACUGUGGAUCUGGUUUUAACUGCUCAUCCUACACAGUCGGUUAUCACAGAAGAGCGCGGCAUAGCUCUCAACAAAGUCACGCCAGAACUCCGCGAGAAACUACACAAGACCAGACUCCACAUUGGACAAUUGGUGAAGGAUACGUCGGAUAAACUUAAACAAGCUAGUGAAAUUGAUCAUCAUGUUGAUGUUAAUCCUGUAUUCAGUGCUUCUGUUUUAGUUGAGAUGAUGGAACCUGAUGGGUCUUCAACAAUUUCGGUGAUGAGUGGAGAAGGAGAAUCUUUGUCAGCUCAAUUGGCUCAUGAGGUUAUGGCUAUUCAGGUAAACAGUGACUCCCAAACAGAGAAUACUUUUCAAUAAAAAUAUAAUUCUGGGUAUAAACUUCCUAUCAUGAUCACA